UGGGCGACGGUUAACAAUGGUUUCUGAGAAGAAAGCCUUAAGACUUCAAAGCGCCCAAAUCACUUUGCCCAUCAAUGUGGUAACAACGGUGCAUGAUGAACACAAUGUUGGAACUCUGGAAAGUACUUUUCGUCACGAUUGUAAUUGAUUUCUGCAAUUCGCAAAAUUUGCAAACAAUUAAUAUCCUGUUCAUCAAUGACCGAAGAAAUUUAGUGGCCGAAGAAACUUGGGGGGUGGCGCUUAACUAUAUCCGAAGAAAUCCAAGAGUCGGAUUGAUGAUCGACGGGUUGUAUUCGGUGAAUAUAGGCGGUGACGACGCUUCGGCUAUUUUGGAAACGCUUUGUGUCAAUUACAACGCGUCGAUCCGGAAUAAUAAACCACCACAUUUGGUUAUUGACACGACAAUCAACGGUGUAUCUUCAGAAGCUGUUAAGUCGUUCACAGCCGCAUUAGCAUUGCCCACCGUCAGUGCGUCUUACGGACAAGACGGCGAUAUCAGGCAAUGGAGAAAUCUAGACGGUGAACAACAAAAGUAUCUUGUACAAAUCAGUCCGCCCGCGGAUAUCAUACCGGAAAUAAUAAGAAGCAUCGUAGUGUCACAGAACAUAACCAAUGCCGGAAUUAUGUUUGAUGAUACAUUCGUCAUGGACCACAAGUACAAGUCCCUGCUUCAAAACAUACCAACUAGACACAUCAUCGCCAUCAUUGAUGACGUGACAAGCAUAAAACUUCACUUGACCCGAUUCCGUGACGUGGAUAUUGUAAAUUUUUUUGUUCUGGGAAAACUUUCCAGCAUUAAAUCAGUAUUGGACCAUGCGAAUUCCAAUAAAUUAUUCGGCAGGAAAUAUGCUUGGCAUGUCAUUACACAGGACAAAGGAUCUCUGAAAUGUGGUUGUUCGAAUGCAACUAUUUUAUUUGUAAAACCAGAACCCGAUGCUGGGAGUCGCGAGAGGCUGUCUAACUUAAGGACGACUUAUGGCUUGACCUCAAGUCCUGAACUCACAGCUGCCUUCUAUUUCGAUUUCUACUUUCGUUCACUGUUGUCUAUCAGGUCGAUGAUGAACAGCGGAGAAUGGCCGACAAACAUUUCAUACACAACGUGUGACGAAUACAACGAAGAGAGUCCGCUACCGAGGCGAAACGUCGACUUGAGAAAAUAUCUCAAAGAUCUGACAGAACCGCCGUUCUACGCCCCGUUCAUAAUCGACUCCAACGGCCGCAGCUAUGAAGAGUUUACCAUGCGAUUGGAAAAAGUCACUGUGCUGAACAGUCAGUCGGUCAGUGCGGAAAACGUGGGGUCGUGGAAAGCCAGUCUUAAUUCACCUAUCGUCGUCAAAGACGCGGCCAACAUGACGCACUUCUCGGCCGUAACCGUGUACAGAAUAGUGACGGUUUUGCAAAACCCGUUCAUGAUCAAAGUCGACGACGAAGACGGCCAAGGAGUAAAAUUCAAAGGUUACUGCAUCGAUCUGAUAGAAGAAAUAAGAAAACUCAUCGGUUUCGAAUACGAGAUUUACGUGGCGCCGGACAAUAACUUCGGAAAUAUGGAUGAAAAUGGUCAAUGGAACGGAAUGGUAAAGGAACUCGUCGAAAAGAGGGCUGAUAUAGCCUUAGGUUCGACGUCGGUGAUGGCCGAGAGAGAAAACGUUGUAGAUUUUACGGUUCCUUACUACGAUCUAGUAGGGAUAACGAUUUUAAUGAAAAAACCCAAAACUCCUACGUCGCUGUUCAAAUUUCUAACUGUAUUGGAAAACGACGUAUGGAUAUGCAUACUAGGAGCUUAUUUUUUCACUAGCUUCUUGAUGUGGAUAUUCGAUCGGUGGAGCCCGUACAGUUAUCAAAAUAAUAGAGAAAAAUACAAAGAAGACGAAGAAAAAAGAGAGUUCAACUUAAAGGAAUGUCUUUGGUUUUGCAUGACUUCCCUCACUCCUCAGGGCGGAGGAGAGGCUCCCAAAAAUCUAUCGGGUAGACUAGUCGCUGCAACGUGGUGGCUUUUUGGUUUCAUUAUUAUUGCAUCUUACACAGCCAACCUUGCUGCGUUCUUAACCGUUUCCCGUUUGGACACACCAGUGGAGUCUUUGGACGACCUGUCCAAACAGUAUAAAAUCCAGUACGCUCCGUUGAACGGUUCGUCCGCGAUGACUUACUUUCAAAGGAUGGCCGAUAUAGAAACCAGAUUCUACGAAAUAUGGAAAGACAUGAGUCUAAACGACAGCUUGAGCGAAGUGGAACGAGCCAAACUAGCGGUUUGGGAUUAUCCGGUCAGCGAUAAAUACACAAAAAUGUGGCAAGCCAUAAAGGAAGCGAAAUUGCCCAACACUUUAGAAGAAGCCAUCGAAAGGGUCAGGAGUUCCAAGUCUUCGAGCGAGGGUUUCGCUUACUUAGGAGACGCGACAGACAUACGAUAUCAAGUGAUGAUCAAUUGUGAUCUGCAAAUGGUCGGUGACGAAUUUUCCAGAAAACCGUACGCCAUAGCCGUGCAACAAGGGUCGCCGCUGAAAGAUCAGUUCAACAACGCCAUUUUGUUACUUUUGAACAAAAGAAAAUUGGAAAAACUAAAAGAAAUGUGGUGGAAUAUGAAUCCGGAAAAAAAACAAUGCGAAAAACAAGACAAUCAGUCGGACGGAAUAAGCAUCCACAACAUAGGCGGAGUCUUCAUUGUUAUUUUCGUCGGCAUCGGAUUGGCAUGCUUCAUGUUGGCGUUCGAAUACUGGUGGUAUAAAUACAAGAAAAAUCCAAAAGUUGCCAACACGAUGAACACAAAACCAACCGGAUUGAGCCGCAAUAAUUUUGCAUAUCCUGUGGUUCCAAACUUCAACGAGAUGACUGGCAUUAGGGCUAGAAAUAUCAUGCAAGGGUUUAGACGGUCAUUCGGUCAAACUACACCUAAACAAAAUUAAUACAUUCAUAUUAUACCUACCAACAGUACCUACCUCUUCAGUUUUGACGGACAACUUAAUUAGGUUGACAAAACGUGUUAAUAGCUUACCGUUUAUCUGUUCUACGAAAUUCGAAGAAUAAAUAUGUCUUCAUACUUAUUAUAAUGUAC